AGGCCGAGGAUAAGCAAAUUCAUCCACUCGCUGCUGCAGCUUCAACUCUGCAACAACAAUGGAAGGAGGAGUCUUCCAUCUCCUUGCUUCAAAACCAGUAGCACCACCCAACCUCGCCCUCGCCAAACCUACAUGUAGCCGGCUCUUCUCUCCCAACCGGCCACAACAUCUCAAAGUCACUCCCAUCUGCAGUAGCAGUGAUGGUGGCAGCAGCACUAGCCCCGACACUACUGACGGCAACAGCGCGCCUACGCCGACAGACACCGCGGGCGUACGGUUCAAGAAGAGGUCUAGAAAGAGGGCGAAGCAGCAGAGGGAAGGUGAAGGCAGUGGGGAACGGUUCAUGAAGGCUGAAGCUGCAGUUCCAAAGAAGUGGGAGGAUAUGAGCUUGGGGGAACAGGCCUUGGAGCUUUACCUAGGGGAGAAGGGUUUGCUGUAUUGGAUAAACAAGUUUGCUUAUGCAUCAAUCUUCAUCGUUAUCGGAGCUUGGAUUCUCUUCAGGUUCGUCGGGCCGGCGCUUAAUCUUUACCAGCUGGACUCGGCUCCUCUUUCUCCUGCCGCCAUCCUCAAGGGUUCCUGAGCUGAGAUUCACAUUCCAUCUAGAACCACAAGAAUGAAGUCCAUUGUCGAUUCUCUUUCUGCUUAGAGAUUUUGUACUUCUGGUUUGAUAUAAUGAUUUUAUAGCGGAAUCUCAUAUGGUGAUAUGGACGGUUCAAAACAUCACAAUAUAAUUAGUGAAGGUACAAAAAUGUGCUUUUGUUUUCAAAUAUGUUGUUAUACGUAGUACAAAUGUUCCCAAUUUGGAGGAAUUUAUCAACUCGCAAAUCACAUCCUUGACUGCUAAAGAUUGAAAAUUCAAUCUACUAACUCUUUAGCGUAUCCCACACAGAUCUAACAUAGGGUAUAUGACCUUGU